AUGUCAAAACCGGAUUCAGUACCUAAUACACCUUUAACACCUUGGUGGGCAGCCAGGACUACUCUCAACGUUUUGAGGUCCUUCCAAAUUCUUCUAUCGGUAACUACUUUGACCUUGGCAAGUUGUACAAUACACAUGAACUAUGGAGUUGACCGAAUCCUUAGAUUAAGUUUAGCGGUCUCCAUCAUAUCUGUAAUUUAUUUUUUGAUUAUUAGGGUUUUACCAGUUUUGUUGAUUUUGGUAAUGGAAAUCAUUUUGUCUAUCCUGUGGUUCUCUGCUUUCGUGACUUUGGCUUCUGAUUUUGGUCCUAAGUCAUGCAAAAAUAUGCCAUACAGAAUGAGUUACAUACCGGACUCUGGUGGGAGUGUACAUGAUAUUUACAUCCCAUACUCAAAUAUGCCACACGAUACGAGUUCCGAUUCGGUUUCUUGUAAGGUUGCUAAAGCUAAUAUUGUCCCGGAAGCCAUUAUGUUUAUACUAUUUCUUGCAACCACAUAUGUCUCCUAUCUCGCAGUUGUAUCGCAAGCUAGACAAUGUGGUUCCAAUACUAGGUCUAUCUUAAAGGCAGCCUGUAAGACUAGUGUUAAGAUGUUGCGCAGAACCAUUCUAUACUUGGAGAGCUGUUUUGAAGAAGACGGAUCUCUUCUAGAUCUUGAAGCUGACCAAGCGGAAAAAGUCGAAAUUGCAGACGAUGAAGAGUCAACUUAG